UACGCCGCUGCUGGUCAUCGCAAACAGUCGAAGUCUAGCGGCCGCACACUGCAGACGCUAUCAGAUACGCCGCAUACCCAAGUAUUAGCCACCAAAGGAGCAAACAUGUCGGAGGGCGAGUCAAAGUUUGGUUUCAAGGAUAUGGAGAAGGCUCUGGAGACGCUGAAGUUGUUGGAGAGCCACGACAUGCAAUACCGAAAGCUGACAGUGCGCGGUUUACUGGGCCGGGCCAAGCGCGUCCUAACAAUGACCAAGGCGGAAGAGAAGCUGAAGAAUAUCAACGAUGCUAUCGGUGUGUUUGAGAAAUGGCUGGACGAGAAUGGCGGAGGCGCCUCCAACAAAAAUACCAAAACUGAUGGCGACGACAAGGUAGAAACCGUUCCCGGUUUGGGAUUCAAGGAUAAGGCGGCCGCGGAAGCAACGCUGAGUAUUUUGGCCGAGCGAGACCCGGACUACCAGAGAUUGGCAGUCAAGGGCCUGAUUGGCAGCUCCAAGCGGGUCUUAUCCGGCACCAAAAACGAGGACAAAAUCAACGCCAUCAAGGAGGGAGUGCAAGUGUUGGAGGACUUCCUGGAGAAAUUCGAGGCCGAGAACCGGAUCAAGGACAACCGUGCCUAUUUACCGCUGGCCGUGGUGAGCAAGCUGCCGGAGCCACAGGACGAACUGGCCAGUGAGUUCCUGGCGGCCUAUGGCGGGCCCAAGGCCAAGGGAAACUACAAACACCUGCGCACCAUGUUCCCCAAAGACGAUGAAGCCACCAGCUGGGACAUUGUUCGCAAUCGCCAACUGGCCAAGUUGCUGGAAAAGAUCAAAAGCGAGGAAGCGAAGCUUUUCGACCCCGAAUCUGGAGCUCCCACUGAUCUCCAUCUGCAGCUCAUCCACUGGGCGUACAGUCCGCAACCAGACAAGCUGAAGCAGUACGUGGAGAAGCUGGCCAAGAAGACCCCGGAGAAGCGAAAGCAGGGUAGCAGCAGCAGCUCCAAUGAGUCCUCGGGCAGCAGCAAGGGCUCGGAUGAGGAGGAUGUGCCCAAGAAGAAAAAGAAGACUGAAGAGUGAACUCUAGACCUGGAAGGGCUAGCCACCAUUUCUUUUGACAAACAAAAACAGUUUAUAAAGUUCUGUCCCGGUUUUCCAGCCAAGGGAAUCUGGCGGUAAUGGAGUAAGUUUUUUAUAAUCGUUAUGCUUUAGUCGAAGAAUUGAAUAUUUAUUGGAAAAAAAAGAUUAAUCAACUUAGUUUUCGGAAACAUGAAUGUUCUGCUCUUCCAUAUCCGCCAAAUUUCAUUGGUACUGCCAAUCGAAACAGGUUUAAUAUUUUAUUUAAGUAACUCAACCUCAACGCAAACUACUAUUAGUUGUGGACACAUUGUUGUUUCUAUAUCUCCGCUAUAUACACAUAUGAACAUCUAUGUAGGCGUGUAAGUAUGCUAUAUUUAACGUCGUAUAUAGUACCAUACGCAUAUGUGGUUCUGAUGAGAUCGGUGACUUUGGAAUCAAUAAACUUUCUUGAACAGCGUA